CGCACUGAGGGGAGCUCGGGAUCUUUGGGCCUUGUGGGGAACGGGCGAGAAUCGGGGCGCUCAGUAACUAUGCGGCCCUCUGAAGAAGAGAAAGAGCAAGCUGUGAUCCUGAUCAGCGACGAUGAAGCUGACAACACGCUUGGGAAUUCAGUUCUCAUAGUAGACCCCUUGGUGAAUACUGCCCUGGAAGAGAAGAAAUGUGAAGAGAUUGUGGAUGAGGAGUGUGAACUAAUGGUUACUUUUUGUAAACAAGCAAAUGUGAUGCCUCAUGCAAGAUAUGACUGUACAAUACACUCGUUUGAACGAAUGGAAUGUGAAACGUGCUCGCCCCUUGGAAAAAAUGCUGACUUUUGUAAUCAGUGCUACUGCUACGUUUGUGAUAAGCUAGCUUCUGAGUGCCAGAAUUGGACAACUUCUUCCUUCUGUCACUGCAAUGCACAUAACAAAAGCAAAUUCUGGAAAGACCAGCGUGAUUUUGCCUUGGCUGGUGUUCUUGUGAUGUUCAAUUUGGAGCUCGCAGAUAUAGAUGCAGACCUUCGGCAUGGUGGAAACCUUCUAAUCAGUUUUAUCCAGGAACUUUCUGUGGAAUACAAUAAGUAUUUAAUUGGAGAGAGAAUACCUCCUGAAGAACAUGAAUGCUUUUGUCUCCCAAAGCUGCCUCCUGGCCAGUGCAAUAUCUGCCGUUCACGCAGCACGGAGGUUGUAUACAAGUACUCUGGAGUUUUUGCACUGGUAACGAGAUUUUUAAAUCAGGCUGAAAGAGAGAGCCCUAAAGCUGCUGCUGUCAUGUUUCUGGGAGCAGCUAGAGAGAUAACCCUUCAUAAAGACCCUGCUUUAAGCUGGCAGAACCUUGGUCAUACUGCUUCACUAAAGCUUGCUGUCCCUUGUUUGCUGCAAAGGAUCACAACACAACUUCAGAAGAUGCUGGUGUUGUGUGACUUCCCAAAAAGUUUAUAUGAGAAGUUUAUUAAUUUUUUUCAGUCCAUCUCGCUUCCAUGUCACUGUUUUGCCUUCUCAAAUAGCUUGAAUGUUGUGCCAUGGGACCACGUGUUACUGACCACGGUUCUGAAGGGUCAGAACACCACAGGACAAAGAACACAGAAAGGAAGGAAAACAUUUCUGUGGGAAGUGCUUCCUGUCAUAGAGGCUCGAGUGGAGAAACUGGUAGAAAAAAUGAACUAUAAAGAAGUUGUUCGCUACCUGAGAGCUGUGAAAUGCAAUGAUACCAAAGGGCUAAGGGACCUUCGAGAUAAAAUCCCAUUCUAUUUGUGUAAAACUGGAGACUUCCUUGAUGCUACGCAUUCACUGUUGUUUCCCAUCAAUAGCCUUGCGUGCUGCACUGCGUGCCGACUAACUCCUCUUCAGUUUGAGGUCUACCUGAAGAUAUUCAGAACAGGCUGUGUCCCUCUUGGAAAGGAUAUUCAAGAGCCUGGGCCCUGGAUUACAGCUGGGUCUCCAAUGAAAGAAGGUGUUCUGAUUAAGCAAGCGUUCAAACUCCUUCACAGCAAUCUGUCACUGUACAGAAAUCCUAAAUGCUGGGGUUCCUUCAUCAUGAUUAUGGGUAGUAGCAGUUUUCUAGAAAGAAAUGGGCACCUUCGUCCCCUGACAGUGAAGGAGCCACCGAUUGCGUUCCAGCAGGGGGUGCUGACUGCCACUGAUGGUCUCUUCCAGGAGCUGAAGGCAAAAGUUAAUGUUUCUUUCCCACCUGGUAUCUUCUCCCAAUUGCACCAGGAGGCUUGUCUUAUUCUUGCAGUGCAAGCAGUACAACAGAUGGUUGUCUGUGAACUCCCAUACUUAACUUCCUUCCUAGAGAUAUUCCUGGCGUUUGGGAAUAACUUCUGGGCUCUGAGGCUGUUACUGAAUCAUCUUUCCUAUGAUGAGCACAUUCUCCAUGGCAUUGUCAAUCUGGUUUUGAGAGAUUUGAAUCGUCAGAAAGCAACAAUGCUGAAACUAUGGCAAAACCUUGGUCCCCAGUACGUGGGUGAAUUUGUUUGCCUGUUCCUGACUUGCAGAAACAGGAUAUUGCAAUCCAUUGGUUUGUUCACUCUGGAUGUCAUUACGGAGAACUUGCACAUGUGUCCGUGGGCAAAGCACCUUUGCAACUUCUUUCACAAUGCAGGGUUAAUGCACCUCCCCCUUGGCGCCGCAACUCAUCACGAAGUCUCAAAGUUCAUAGAUAUUCUUGAAAAACUGUGAUCUGGCAAAAUCUGCAGGCGUGUUUCUCAGCUUGCCUUGGUCUGCCCCGUCGCUCCCUGGGUUCUCUCGCGUUCCGUUUUGGUUGCAGUCUCUUCCCUCCCUUGAAACGUUCACCUACAAACUGACUUCAGACAAAGCGCGAAAAUAAAAGCUCAGAUCUAGAUGGGGAACAGCGUCUGUGCUCCGGUAGGUGUGCUCUGGAAACUUCCUUUUUACAGGCACAUGUAUUAAGCUGUCAGUGAAAGAGGCAGGAGCCACACACCUUAA